GGGAAGGUUUAACUACGCCGAGGAGCGCUCGGGCUCCGAUCGGCCGUAGAACACCAAGUACGCUACCACAGCGAUCUAAAAAGGAGAAAUCUCCGUCAAGAACUCCACCGGACAUGGAUUCUCCAGUUGGUAGUGUAGGCAGUGAUUUGCGGCGGCAAAAUGAAGAGCUUCGUGCUCGCCUUGCUGGGGAGAGCGCUGAUCACAAGCGGAGGCUCGAUGCCUACCGUCGUGCACAGCAAGGCCAGGCUGCGUUGGUUUCGCGACUUCAAGCAAAAGUGCUGCAAUACAAACAACGAUGCGCGGAACUCGAGAACCAAAUGCUUGAAACAACACCUCGUAGUGAAACGAGUUACCGACCAUCUACUGGUAAAGCUAUAGCACUGCCACCGCCGUCUCUCGCUACGUCUUCUAGUGACACUCGCAGGGAUGAGCGUAUUUCUGAUUUGGAGACCGCACUCAAGAGAUUGGAUGAAGAGAAACGCAAAUGUGAAAAGUUAGUAUCCCAAAACAACUUGCUCCGAGACCAACUGGAAGAGUCACAUCAGCUGAACGAGGCUCUCACAAACGACUUGCAAAAGCUCACCAAUGAUUGGGAGGGACUGCGGGAUGAAAUGGCUAUCAAAGAGGAUGAGUGGAAGGAUGAAGAGCAGGCCUUCAACGACUAUUACUCCAACGAGCACAAUCGUCUCCUCAAUCUCUGGCGUGAGGUGGUCUCCGUUAAACGAUUCUUCUCUGAACUGCAAACAAACACUGAACGGGAUUUGUACAAAGUGAAGAAUGAUAUUGAUUCCGCUGCAAGAGAUCUGGUUGGGACGCUCAGUGGAUACGCUAUCACGGCGUAUGCUAGUCAUGGGAGCUCUAAGCCUGAAUCUACCCAAGCCCAAUCUUCUACACCCAUAUCAGCAAUCGAAAACCUUCGAUCCGACUUGCACACGGCAAAUACGCAACGAGACAAUGCACUUUCUGAGCUGCGGGAAAGAGACGCGCGUAUACAAAGACUAUUACAGGAGUUGCAAGGAUUGGAGGAGCGUUGCGAAUGUGCAGAGGCGUUAUGUUCAGAGGCGAAUAUAAUGCGUUCUGCGUUAGAAGAAGUGGCUCGAGCGUUGAUACAGGACUCGGAAAGUGAUGCACCACCCACACAUAUGUAUUCCAGUGAUAGGUCUCCCAAACGAGGUGUACCCCAAGCAGCAAAUGCCACAGCGUUCGCGGAAAGUACCAUCUCAGCUCUACAGGCCGCUUUGCACAAGUAUCAGAUACAAAUACACGAGUUGCAGGUUAAACUGCAAAACACAAGGGAACAACUAAUGACAUGUCGCAAACAUUCCGACUCAGCUGACAAUACGCUCACUUCAUUGGAGAACAAAGUGCAGGAUUUGCAAGGAAAGUUAGAUCAAACUAACACAGAUCUCAAUCAAGUCGUGCAAGAGAAGGAAUCUCUUCAGAAAACCGUAGAAGCGUUGCGGUGUGAUAAGAACAACUUGGAGCGGAAUAGAGUCGAAAUUAACGCUAUGGUGGAAUCCCUAACAUCGGAUUACGAAAAACUGCAAAAGGUCAAUCAUCGUUUGGAGAAAACUAUAGAAGCUUUGGAAGGAGAGAAGAGAUCUCUCAACUCUGAAGUGGAGCAUUUGCAUAGAGAGCUGACCAGCAGGGACUCUGUUUUACGUUCUGAAGAAGAACGUUCAUCCCGUCUCCGUUCGGAUUUAGUGUCGACUCGUGAAGAACUAAAUAAAACUGCUCUAGCAAGAGAUCUGUUGGAACAACAGAAGUUGGAAGCGGACGCUAUACUGUCGCAAAUGGAUAAGAACAGAAGUGAGCUAGAAAUAGAGCUGGAGCGCACGCUGCUCGAGCGAGGCGAUUUGCAAGAUCUUGUUGAGAAGCUGCAGAAUCUGGUUAGAAACCUCGAGAGUGAUAAGAAGAAGCUUAUGGAAGAUGUUAAACAUUUAGAAGACGAGAAAUCAUCUCUCUCCAACCAAUCAUCAGAACAACAGGGCGACCUGAACUCUCUGCGCAAAGAGUUACUCGCCGCAGAACAACAUCGAAUGGAGUUAGAGGCAGAUAAAGCGAGUCUGUGCGAGAAGAUCAAGUUCUUGGAAGGAGAGAGAGAGAAAGUAGAGAUGGAGUUACGACAAGUUGUUAGGGAACGUGGCGAGUUAAGUUCCCAACUGACAGCGAUGGCGCGUAAGAAAGACGCGCUAAACGAAGAGAUCAUACGUUUGACACAACGGCUCGAACAAGCGCAAGAGACGAUUGGUAGAUUGAACCGCACUAUAGAAGACCAUGUUAAGGAGGGCGAGGAACGACAGAUCCUCAUAGACAAUCUAGACAAAGACAAGCAACACCUCCAAGAGCAAUUAGCGAGUGUUCGCUCUGAAAAAGACGCGUUAGAAGCCGUACUAUUCGAUACGGCCAAUAUGUUAGAAGAUGCCGAAAAUAGGAGGAGCAAGUUGGAACAUGAUUUGCAGGAAACUCUUGUACAACAGGAGAACUUUAAAGGUCAAAUAACCCGUCUGACCAAGGAUCUAGAAAGCACAGAGAAGAAGCUUCGAGAAACAAAGAGCAGUAUGAGUCAACAGUCCGGUAAGAAGGAGGCGGAGUACCAGCAAGUUAUCACUAACCUCAAUAGAACUACUACGGAGAAUAUUACCAAGCUAAAGGAAGAAAAGGAGCAAUUACGCCAAGCGCUUGAACAAAAGUUGAGUCAAACGAUAGCAACACUAACGAGCGAGAAGGAAGUAUUAGAAGCUAGUGCGAGGGAAAGAGAGAAGAAGCUACUGGCUAUUAGAGAUCAGCUUAUAUUGCAACAUGAUGAAGCGAUGUUACGAGCUGAGAAUGAUAAGCAACAAGCUUUGCUUAUGGCACACCAAGAACACCAAGCUCUUAUAGAACGCUUAGAAGAAGCGAAACGCAUUCUCGACUGUGAGCAGAACAAGCUUGAGCGUUGUAAGCGAGACGCUCAAGCGAGAAGCGAUCAGGAUAGAAACCAUAUCAACCAGCUCAAAGAUGAUCUGGCCGCUUUGAAAACUAGACUGGAAGAGGCUAAGGCAGCAGCAGAAGAUGAAUGCGCGAGAUUCGAAAACCGAAUCAAAGAAUUGCAUUUAGAAAAGGAAGCGAUUAACCGCGAGUGCCAAGAGACACGUGCGCAGCUCUCAUUGGCUGAGGACAAGUAUGACGCUGCGUAUGCGCAGCUGCAGGAUACUAUACGCAAGUUGAAGGAUUUGGAGAACGAAACAGAGAGUUUGCGCAAAGAGCUCGGCGAUACACGCCGUCAGCUCAGCAACUGUACUGCGGAGCGUGAUAAGUAUCACAGCGCGUGUACGGAGCUACGUGAGCAUGUGAAGCGUGCAGAGCUCGAGCGGAGAGAUGCUGCAAGGGAUAGAGAUGAGGCCUAUCAUAAGAUCGCUGGACUGGAAGAAACUCGUACUUCCCUAGAACUCGAACUCACACGGGUACAAACAUUGCUAAAGGAGUCGGAAACUAGCGGGCAGCACGUGGACAGAUCGCUGCGCACUACGGAGGGACAGUUGAAGCGGGAACGAGCUGCCUUGGAACAGGCGCAGCAUGAUAUUAAGGAGUUGCAGUCGAGACUACAGAACGAAAGCGAAGAACGCGAACGCGUAUCUAACGAGGCGUGUACAGCAAAACGUCAUGGCGCUGAGUUAGAAGCAUUGCUGGGUGCUUCUCGUGCUGAUCUCGCCGCUGUGAGACAGCGGGCCGCUGAACUUGAAGAAGCUUGUCGGGCGAGGGACCAGGAACUGGUGUUGCGUCUCGAAGAUUGUCGCUCGAAAGAACGACGGUUAGAAGAGCUCAAACACAACUUGGAAGUGUGUCUAGCGGACGCUACGCAACAGAUUCAAGAACUCAAGACGCGUCUAAACGCAAGCGAGGGCCGUUCCCGCGCAGUCGAAGCAGCACUAACCCAAACUGAAGCAGCCCGCCGUGACGCAGACACACGUCUCUCCUCAGUAGCGCAUACACUGCGCCGUGUGUGUGGAGUGCAACCUGAUGGGACCAUACAACACGCUGCCAGGAGACGGUUGGCCAGUCCGGCCAGGAGAUAUAGCCCGCAUAGAGCUCGCGAACAUUCAGAGGAUCGCAACGAGAUCAUUGACGUGGAUCCUGAGAUGAUCAAGAAGGGAGUCCGCAAUCUUAUGCAUGAAGUCUGUCAGAUUGAAAGAGAAAGGGAUGAUUUUAAAACACAGAUGAAUGUGCUCAAGAAACAGCUUAAGGAAGUGACUGAACAACAAGGUAAAGGGGAAGGAAAACUACAAUCAGUGAGCACCAGUCUCCGCGGCGCUCAAGAGGAGAGAUCUCGCUUGCAAGCUGCGUUGGGUCAAAGGGACGCCCAACUUAAUGCACUAAAUGAAUCUGUGCAAACGAAGACAGUGGAAAUCAGCAACUUGCGCGACAAGAUUACAAGCUUAGAGGCCACGUUGAGUUCUAUCACUGAAGAAAAAGUACAGAAUGAGAAUAAAUCUGAAAAUCUUCGUGGACAAGUUGCCGAGCGGAUUCAGGAAGUGGCACAACUUCGGGAGGCUUUAGCUGCCGCGGAAGGUCGUGCAUCCCGACUGGACGUGCGUCGCGCGCAAUUAGAAGGAGACGUGCAGCGCGCUGCCGUCGCCGCUAGGGACAGGGAACAAGCGCUUAAGAAACUUCAAGAUCGCUGCGAAGGUUACAUGCGAACGAUAGCCUCUCUAGAAGACAGGUGUACAUCUCUCAAGGGAACAGUGGAACAACUGUCCACGUCUCUGCAAAAAGCAGCAGCCGCUGAAACAGAUCUACGGGCUGAAGUUAGCAAGACGCAAAGAUUGUUGAACGAAGCGAAAAUUAACGAAAAUAACGCUAUGGACAAGUUGAGGCAGAUGCAGAAGAAUAUUGCUAAUUGUGAAAACGAGCGUCGUGUGCUAGCAGAGAAGUUGGAAAGUGCCAAAGUGGCCGCGAGUGAAUAUAAACGAUUGAACUGUCAACUGGAGGACCAAGUGCAUCGUCUUACCAACCAGCUAGCUAACCUUGAAGCUCAGAAAGCGGACCUAGAAUCACAGUUACGUAUGACAACAUGGGAUGGCAAGGAAAGCACUAACAGUACUGAACUAGAGAGAGAGUUACACGCACUGCAGAGAGAGAGAUCCGAGUUAAAGGCGAAGAAUGACGCAUUACAAGAUACUAUGAGAAAGAUGGAGGCUGAGAGGAGAAUGACUCGACCGGUGUUGAGGAGCAAGAGCCAUGAUAGGACUGAUAAGUGCGUGUUUUACUCGGAUUUGGAUUCGGGUGCGGAUUCAUCCAAAGACUCCCGUAUCUACAAAGAUUACAAGGACUACAAGGAAAUACCGUGCAAAGACAAACCGUACGGUGCGGACUUCACUCUGCUCGAGUUGGAAAAUAGAGAGUUAAGGAUGAAGAUACGGCGCUUGGAGAAGGAAUUAGCUGAUAAGGAGGCGGAACUAUCGAUAGCUCGCAACCGCUACCUAUCGGAAUUGUCUACGGGCGGGAAUAGACAAGACGCUGACCAGUACAAGCAGGCCGCGCUGCAGGCCGAGCGGUUGCUCGACGCGCGGGAGGCCAGCCAUAGACAGCAGAUUAUACGCCUCGAGAAUCAGCUGAGCCAGGUCCGCGCACAGUUGGCAGCGGAGGUCCGUAGGCGGCAGAGCUACGUGUCGCGCUCGGGCCGCGCCGCGCGCGACAUGCAGCGCCUGCGCGCCGCGCUCGGCGACUCGCUGCGGACCGUCGCACAGGAUCCAGCGUUAGAUUCAUACACGUUAGAACACGAAGCUCGCAAGUUGGACAGCACCUUAGCUCACAGUCUGCCGCCGCUCAACGAUAGCUACGACUCCUCAAAAUGCUGAAGAAAUUGUGCAAGAAA